UAUUUUCAUGUGGUCAUGUACAAUACCUUAGCUUUUUCAUGAGCCAAUACCAACCACCAAUUCAUAAUAUCCAACUCUAAAACACUAUCAAAUUAUCGAUGUCCACUACACCAACAUUGCUCUUAUCUCCUAUUGCAUGAAGAAAAAUGGUAGGUUCAAAGACAUCUUCGCUUCUAAUUCUACUCAUCAUCAUCAUCUUUUUCUUCUUCAAUAUUGUCUCAUCUCAUAAGGUCCCAUGCCCUCCGGCGAAUCCUCCAGCCAAGUGCCCAAAAGACAUUCUCAAGUUUGGUGUUUGUGGUGAAUGGUUGGGAUUGGUGACUGAAGUCAUUGGGACUAAACCUAGUCCCCAAUGUUGUACAGUGGUGAAAGGUUUGGCUGACCUCGAAGCUGCAUUGUGUUUAUGCACUGCAAUUAAGGCCAAUGUGCUGGGUGUUAUCAAGCUUGAAGUCCCCAUUGCUCUUAGUUUGGUCAUUAAUGGGUGUGGAAAGAAGGUUCCAGAAGGAUUUGUAUGUGCAUAGAUUAUGUGUAUGUGUAUGUGUGUGUAUGUGUGUCUAUGAUUGUGUGUUGGUGAGUGAUAUGAAUGUAUUUAUGAUGUGGUGGUCAAUGAUUGUUCAUCAAUGAAAAAAAAGAUU